AUGCCUCGCAAAGCAGUCUACGGCAAGCCGUCGCAUCUGUAUUCCAGCUUCAGUAGCUUUCAAAGUCCUAUCAAACAACGAAAACAAGAUCCGGCUUCAUUCGAGGUUCUCGAAGUUGCCGAAGAGCUUUCGCGGCUGACUGUCCAAACAAAAUUCUCGACCAAUGAUGAUGAAGUCUCUCCUGCGCGAGAGGCGCUCUGUGAGAGAAUCGUCAACACCGAAAGGCCUGUCAAAUUGUCUCGGCAAAGAACGACGAGCAGCGAAUCUGUGAGAAGCACUGGAUCCGUCUCUCUCAAGGACCGAAAAACNAAAAAUGGAAAGCCCAAGAAGACCAAGUCAGACCAACGACCAAAAACUUCUGUCCACGAAGAGCCGCAGCCUACGCCCUUAGACAUGUCGACCGAAGUUGUUGCAGAGGGACCCCAAGUAGCCGAAAUCGCCUUGCCGGCAGAGGUCACAGAACAAACGUCAAUGGAAUCAAUCGAAGCUGACCUGGCCGCCCUGGAGAUAACGAAACCACGCAUCUCCAAUCUUUUCACCAAACAUGCCGCAUCAUUGUUGUCGCUUUCUUCCCAGGAUCUGACUUCCUUCUCUACCUGGUCCGACCAACUCUCUUCGCACUUUGCAGUCACCAAAAUCGCCGAAGCAUCAUUUGGUGAAGUUUACCGUCUUUCGCUUCUCAAGGCGCAUUCAGCCUUGAGCAAGACAGACGAGUCGGUACUCAAGAUCAUCGCUCUCAAGCCUCCAACAUCGACGAAGAGAAAGAUGAGCAAAGCUGCCAAGAAACGAACCGAAAUGAUGAGCGAUCCUGAAGAUGUCGCCGCCGAAGUACGUUUGAUGCAGCGCAUGACAUGCACGCCUGGUUUCACAAACUUCCGCGAGAUUUGCGUGUUACAGGGUCGUCCUGGAGAUGCUUUUGCGGCAGCUUGGUCGUCAUGGAACGAUUCUCAAGAGGCGAAGGGCAAGGAAGUUAGCGUGUUCCCCGACCCUAGCAAGNNAAAAGCGAGUUACUCGGAAGAUCAGCUGUGGGCUGUCAUUGAGAUGCAAGACGCCGGCACAGAUCUUGAGAAUACCAAGGUCGCUAAUGUAUGGCUUGCUUGGGACAUUUUCUGGGGAGUCGUGCUAGCACUGGGCAAAGGCGAAGAAGCAGCCAGAUUUGAGCACAGAGAUUUGCACAUGGGUAACAUUUGUGUAUCUGGUCUCAACAACGCUGCACACUGUCGCGAAGCAGACUACGUCCCAGCAAGCUCAAGCAAGAAGCUCGACUUUACCGGCAUCGAAACAACGCUCAUCGACUACACCAUUUCGCGAGCAGAGAUGGGCAUCCUGGAGGACGAGGAAGAUGUUGCAUAUCUCGAUCUUGAAAGGGACCUGGCGCUGUUUGAGGGCGACGCUGAGGAGGAAUACCAGUACGAGAUCUACCGAUACAUGCGUUGUGCCAUGUACUUGGGCGAGCCUCUUGGUGAUCUUUGGGAGAGGUGGGACGAAGCUGAAGAUUCUGGAAGAACGUGGAAAGGAUAUCACCCACAGACGAAUCUUGUGUGGUUACAUUUUGUCCUGCACAAGCUCGCCGAGCAGAUCGAAUGGCCCAGCUCGGGUAAUCGCAUACAAGACAGCGAGGCAGCACAACGAGCAGAAGAGCUCGAGGCAGCCCUACUCAAGGUGAGUGAGCUACUGGACCCCGAGGAGAUGCCACAGACUGGGCUCAGAUGUGCCAGCGAUCUGGUUGUGCUUGCUCUUGAUGAAGGGUGGCUGGACAAGGAAGAUGUUCAAGGCAGGGAAAGCGGGCCAACGACAAAAACGACAAAGCGCAAAGCAAAGACCACACGGUCGAGGAGAAAGCAGUGA